UGGCAACAGCAUGACACACAUAAUUCUGUCAAAACAUAAAUGCUGUAUUAAAUUUUAUUCUUUGUAGUUUGUUAAUGUCAAAACAGAAGGAUGUGGGUAAAAUAUCCAGCACAAGAAAAUCGUCUACUAUUGCGUCUAAAUCGAGUACAAGUGUUAGAGAUGGGAGUACAGAGAGAAAAAGGGCUGACAAAGUGGAAAUACCGAUCAAAAAAAAGAUAAUCUCAUCGUCUUCGACAAACGUAAGGAAAAAAUUGUCAGAGAGCGAUAAACCAAAUAAAUCUGCAUCUGAACCUAUGACAUCGUCCAGCUCCCCUGAAAAACCAGUAGAUAUGAAGUUAUUGAGUAGCAAGAAGCGAAAUAAACCAGAAGUGCCUGUAACACCUAAGAGUAGUAGGGUAUCCAAAACCCAAUUUUUUCCUAGUAAAAAUAUGUACUCACAUGCACUCAGUUCAAAAAGUUCACCAAUUUCUAAAAUAAGUGAUAAGACUAGCAAUAAAUCUAAACAAGGUGAUAGUUUUGCGUCGGGUAAAACUAAUAGUGUCAAAAAAAUAAGUUCGUCCUACGAGUUACCAACGAGAAAUUCAACAAGAAUAGUUACGAAAAAAAGUGAAACGGAGAAUAAACUACUCUCCUCAAAGAAAUCGAAACCGACUGGAGAAAUUUCUUUCAAGAGAUCGACCUCAUCGUUGAAACAUGUGACAUCUGAAAUGAAAUCCAAAAUAGAAACUGGGCCAAAUUCUUUGGAGUCUAACAACUCCGUGUAUACAUCACCAGAUUCUAGUAUUUUAUCUGAAAGGCCUAGAACUGCCACUCUGAAAAGAGGAAGUAUUGUCAACACAAAUAUUGUUGGACCAGAGGCUCCUAUGAUGAAAAAAAUUGUUGAAGGCCAAUCUAUCAGAUCCAAGAUGCCAAGCUCUUCAUUAGCAAGUUUAGAUGACAAUGAAGUGAAAGCGGAUUCUAAACCGAGUCCAAAAUCGGAAACUUCGGAAAAUGAUAAUUAUGAGGAGGACUUUGAAUCAUAUGAAUCUGACUUCGAACAAUACUCUUCUUCAAGUUCCACUAAUUUAGAUAAUAUUACUGGAGAGACAAGCAGCAUUACUACCAACAGUGAUAGUGAUACAGAUGCUCCAGUAACAUCAACACCGAAAAAAAUCAUUUCUAUCGGCAGUGAAGAAGAACGGAAACUAGAUUCAGGUCAUUAUGAUAUGUCUGAUUAUAAACAUAAACAUAUGUUGGAUAAUAUCAAGGAGUUUGUUGAGAAAGAAAAUUCCACUUUAGUUGUAAUGAAUAACCCAGCCUCUUUGUCAGAUGAAGGGUUUGAGGACCAAAAAUCUUUACAGUUGAUCAACUUCUUAGAUGCAAAGAGAAAACAUGAAUAUAGGAAGAGUAUUGAAAUGAAGCAAAAACGUGGUAAAGAAAUACUAAGCAUGAUUAGAUUAGAUUCUUUCACUUUUACGUUGUUUGAUUUACCUCCCGUACCGUAUGAUGUUUUCAUUAAGAAUUAUGGUGCAAGCAACACUGUACAAUCUGCUUCACAAACUGGUGAAGAUAAUGUUGAAGAAGAAAUUCAGACUGAAAAAAUUAUUACUUGCACUAAGUGGACACAAAUCCCAAUUUGUUUCAAUAAUGGCGAUCCAGAUGAUCCAAACUAUUGGAGUAACUAUAAACAAGAUUAUUUAGGAGUUGGAGGAGAUGAAGAAUCGAUUGAGAAGAUAAUUCAAAAACAGCUUUUUGAUGAUAAUGCGUUGAACAAAUUUUUAAAAUCAGCAGGUGAUCUCAUUAUAAGGAUACAGGAAGAAGCGAGGAUGAAAAGCACUGGAAAUAUUAUGAAAAAUCAAAAGCCUAUUCCCUUCAGUGAUGGUCAUAUUUUAUUCAACACCAGUGACAUUAUAUUCGACGGUACUACUAUAAAGUGCGUGUCUUUUUCCUGUGAUACGAAUAAUAAAGUGAUGACGGUUCAUUUAAAGAGAAGUGAAGUACUUGCUAAGGGAAGUGUUCUAGCGAUAUGGAAUAUAUGCAAUUCUGAAGAACCGGAGAUGGUUUAUAUAUCUCAUGGUACCAUAACAUGCUGUACUUUUGGAAAAGAAGAAUUUGGAUUAGUAUUUGCAGGAUUAGAAGAUGGGACAUUGUCGAUAUGGGAUACAAAUAGGAAUACACAAAAACUGUGUUUUUCCAAUAAUGUUCCUGUUCACUCUACGGAUAUUGGUUUUGGGCAUCAAUGCAAGAUAGUUGCUUUACAUCCUGUGAGAAAUGAUUCGAAAGAAUAUUUUCUUGAGAGGUCUUUGACAAAUGAGAUAUGCAGCCUAGACGAAAACGGAGAAAUAAUUCUCUGGACAGUUAUAGUAAAAAAUGAUGAUAUUUCUAGUGAACUGUCACAUAAUGUUUUCCUAGUGAUGAACUCAACCGUAUCACUGAAAACAGUUCACCCCAAUUUGGUUGAAUUGCAAUGCACCGAUUUCGUUAUAAACAGCAUCAAUCCAAAUUUUGCUUUCAUUUCAACCAAUUACGGAUUUAUCGUUCAUCAUCUGGUCAAAGGUGGUAGAGCUAUUGUGAAGAAAUUUUUGUCAGGAGCGCUCAGCGAUGUUAACUCAGCAUACAUUGACCAUAAUCACGAAGGCGAUAUGGAUGACAAUACCAGUAUGUCGUCAAGAGCAUCAUCCAGAAUAUUUGAUUCGGACGCCAUGAUGUCACUGGAUUCUCUUAGUGCCCUGUAUGAUUCGGAAUACGACAAUUGCUACAGAACAGAUGACGAUUUGAAUGCUGUUCCAGAUUUAGAAAGACUCAAUUAUUUCUCAGUGCCUGCCAAUGAUGUACAUCUUGCGAAUAUUCGUUCGAUGAGCGAAUCCAUCACUAGAAACUUUGGGCAACCUAGAAGUGAAACAGAUCCUGAAAGUGAUGUUUAA